UUAAACCUUAAAAUGCAAUAGACAUUCAUGAAAACAACCUGUCUCUCUCUCUUUCUGUUGCAAAUCACAAUAAAAAAGAAACGCACUUUUUCUUAGUUCCUUUAGCUGGAGGGAAGAAAAGAAACCCUAGUUGAUAAUGGGGGAUUUGGAGAAGGAAGAGAGAGUUGUUGUUGUUGGGGUUGAGAAGAAAGAGGAAGCAGAGGAAGAGAGAGAGAGGUUUUUAGAGGGAAUGGCGGUGUUGGAUUUCGAUAUGCUUUGCUCAACGGUGGCGUUGCAGACUCAGCAAGGAAAAUGGAGGAGCUAUGAGAAUGUUUCAGAAGAAGAAGAAGGAGGAGGAGAAGGAGGUGGGGUCUUUAGGAUGUGGGAAGGUCAAGUUCUUGAUUGCUUUGAAGACCGUCGUAUCGCUCUUGAAUCAGCUUGUUGUCCAUGCUAUAGAUUUGGGAAGAACAUGAGACGAGCUGGUUUUGGUUCAUGUCUUCUUCAGGGAAUGGUUUAUUUAAUUUUCACCGUUGGUGCCCUUUUCAACUGGAUGGCCUUUAUUGUCACCAAGCAUCACUCCUUUCUAUAUUUGGCAGUUGCUUUUACCAUUUCCAUAGGAACAUAUAUGGGGUUUUUCCGUACGCAAAUAAAGAAGAAAUUUAACAUUAGGGGCAAUGAUAGUUCCUUGGAUGAUUGCAUCUACCAUCUAAUCUGCCCAUGCUGCACAUUAUGUCAGGAGUCUAGAACAUUAGAGAUGAACAAUGUAAAUGAUGGCACUUGGCAUGGUCGGGGUGAUACAAUUUGCAUAGGAGGCCUUGGUGAAGGGAGCAAGGCACUCUUCGACUUACAUCCACCACAAAAUGUGGUAUCAACCAAGUCUCCUCAGCCUUGCAGCAUGCAAAAAGGUACAAGUGGUAGUGAUCAGUCAUCAACUUAAGAAGUAGGGUAGGGCUUUCUGAAACAUUGAUCUUCUAUCCCAACAUUGGCAAUACCUAUGAAGUAGGUGUUCAUUGCCCAUAUAAUUUAUUUCCUGAGAGGAAUGUUAUGAAGGCUGCAUCCCACAAGCUAGUUUAUAUUCAGAAUUUGGUGGUAACCAGUUUUGGGAUGUAGAGGUUCGCUGCACAGAUUUAAAACUUCAGCCUUUCCCGAUCUGGAAUGCGGACAUGUUACAGAAAAUGUGAUGAGGAAGGUGUUUGUCAGUCCAAGUGCAUAUGGGAAACUUUGUAUUUAUGUAGUUUGGGGGGUUUUAGAUUGACUCCCUGUUGUUUAUGUACACUUCUUUAGUACUAAGUGGUAGAUAAUGCUUUCUCAAAAAAAAAAAAAAAAAAAGUGGUAGAUAAUGUCAUCAUUAUUGAUGAGUUUUUAUUUUUUUAUUUUUUCUAUAUUCAGUUCAUCUUACUGGGCGGGUUUAAAUUUGUAUUUUUAUUGGUAUUUUUUUUAUUCAAAUGGAGAGCAAUCAAAGGGAACUCAAUGAUUCUGAAA